UACCCCGUGUCUGUGAUAAUCGGUGGUGAUAUUAACCAGGGACCCGAAGGAUCCGCUUACGAUGUACUGUUGGGCAAAGAAGUACCAGGCACAGGCAGUUUAUCCCACCAACCGCUGCAAAUGCGAUCGGCUUAUGUGCUCAAACCGGGCCAGUUUACCAAUUGGGUACCGGAUUUUCGUGCCGCGCUAGAUGUGAUCCUCUAUGAUACGCACAGUCGUUUGCGUUGUUUACAUGCAUAUCCAUUGUGCUCUGCAGAGGAGAUCACUGGUUUGGAUCAGCAGAAUAGAUCACUAUUAUCAUUAACAACAAGAUCAACGGAAGGAUCAUUAACCGAAAAGCAGGCGACAAGGGAAUCCCCACUGGACCGCGGUGAACCCAUCCGUGAGGCUGAUCUGUAUGCUCUCCCGAACAGUACAUUCCCCAGCGACCAUCUGGCUCUCAUUGCUGACUUUCAAAUUCCCUUGGACUCGAACAACAUGCAAACCUGA